GCCAAGCGCCAACGGCGGACGCACAAUUACCAACUAAGCGCGUCUACUGCUCCACUCACACUUCAAAGACGACAAAGCAGACGAAGAAAGAAUAAUAAAGUGUGCGAAAUGUUGCGCUUUCUCGCUUAUCUGCUUGCCAUCGCCCUUAUCUUGUCGGCGGUGCACAUGCAAAUUCUACACGCUGCAGUUAUCGGGCACGGUUCUUUUCCGCGCACACAGAAUUGGGCCGCUCCUCCACCGGAUCUGAGUUUACCUCCAAUUUAUCUGCCCGAGUUCACGCCUAUAAGCGAAGAUCCGCAGGAAUGAGCAAUAAUUAAGCUAAUA